GGUAUAAUACCUUUGCAUAUCCAGUUGGAAAAAUAGAACUGCAAUUACCAAAAUGUUUCAUUGACAUUAUUGAAAUUCAAAACACGAAGCCACUUCACCAAACUUGUUAUUUUUUGUUUGUUAAUUCGUUUUCACAAUUACAAAACGCUUUAAUUUCAUCAACAACUUCGAUAAUGGAUGGACAGGGUAUGAGUUUAUUUCAAGGUGCAAUGAGUAUUCAUAUAAACAAUAGUGCACAAGACAGACUGGAAGAACAAGAAGAAAUUGAAGAUCAAAAGAGGAGACACAAAGAACUACAACAAGAGUUGGCUAAUGGCUUUGAUGAUCUGUCUGAUGAGGAUGAGGCUAGCUCGGUCAACAGUAGUGGAAACUUUACUCUGGAUCCACAUAACCAUGAUGUUCCACAAACAUGCACAGGAUUACCUCCAGUUUAUGGAGAUUCAUUAAAACAUUUGAAAGAAGCACACAACCUUGGGGAAACGCCGAAAAAAUAUUGUGAGAGCUCUAAAAAUCAUAGAUCUCAUACUGUAAAAAAUCAGGAGGAUCAAAUCCACAAACAGUUUAGCCCUUUUGGAGGGGGUGAUUUGCAAAUUAAUUAUUGUCAACAGGACUUGAGAGGUCAUUUGAAUGGCAUGAACAAUUUUGAUGAACAAGAAUAUCAGAAAUACAAAGAAUUAAAAGUAAUAUAUGAGAUGCGUGUGAAAGAGUGUCAGGAGCUGGCAAUGGAAAUAAAGAAAUCAGAUGCAGAAAUAGACAGUCUCCGAGCCCGAUUAUCUGCUGCUAUUAAUGAUAAGGACAAAGCAGAACUAUCUUUGCAAGAAGCUCAACAUUUGCAUGCAUCAAGCAAGCAUAAUAUUAUUGAACUCGAACAGCAGAUUACCACAUUAACAAAAAAGCUCAUGGAAAGCGAUCAAGCCAAAGAGCAGUUGAAAUUGGAGCUGCGAUCUGCUAACAUGAGCUUACAAGAACUACAGCAGAGAUGUCACAAUUUGCAGGUUACGCACACACAUGAUACCGAUACAUUAUUCAGAGAACAGCAAGAGAGGCACCGAGAAGAGGUGGAUAGAUUGCAAAAUGACCUCACAAAAGCAAAACAUAGACUCGAAGAGAAGGAGAAUGAAAUAAAAAUACUAGAAAAACGUUGCAUGGAAAAUGUGCGAGAGAAAGAGGAAAUGUUAAUAGAAAAAGGCAGCACUAUAAAUCGAUUAGCGAGCGAACUAGAAGUGGCUCAGUCCAGGCUCCUCAACGGGGACACGGCCAGGCUGAAGGAAAAGGUCCUGCAGCUAACGACCGAAAGGAACACUGCAAAGGAACAAAUUAAAGAACUAGGGUCCAAAUUGCAGUUGACGGCGCAAGAACUAGUGAUCUGCAGAAACAACCUCAACGCGAACCAGAAAGAAUACGAAAAUUGGCGUUCCACGCUCCAUCAGAUUUUGGUGGAAUCUUUACCGGAAAAUACUUAUUUAGGGGAACCUCCGUCGCCAGGAAAAUUGGCAACGCUCAAAGAGAUUCUGAGCCGAUAUAAAAUGCAGAUGCAGAAACUAUCGUCGAUGCAAGACGAAAUCGUAAAACGGGACAAAAAAAUUGAUCAAAAUCGUAAAUUAGAAUCGGAGCUGCGUGCGAAACUCGACGAGCAAAAGGGUAUAGAGAUGCAACUCAAUUCGCGAUUGGCGGUGCUUCAGAAUAAAAUCGAAUUAUUGGGCAGUAACUCCGACAGUGAGUUGCUGGAAGGCUAUAAAAAUGAAAACGAGAGGCUGCAGGGUGAACUGGAGGAAGCGAGGGCGGAAAUUAAAAACGCGGGACUGAAAUACGCCGAAUUAGAAAUGGAAUACGACAAGUUGAGAAGCGAAAAGGGCAGUCGGGCGACCAUCGUGCAGGAAGCCAACGCGGACCUGCUGCGUGAGCUGGAGAAAUACAGCUCCCAGCUGAAGGACACGCUUCGAGAGAACGGAGAAUUGAAAACCUUGUAUUUGCAGGUUUGUAGCAAACGCGACUCGAUAACGAGGGAACUGAAAGAACAACAGUCGAUGAUGCAAAAGGAACGAGAAUAUUUCAGGGCACAAGAGAGGGACAGUCGCGAGCUGGCCGCGCGCCAGGGACAAACCAUAGAGAAGCUAAACGCGGAGUUCCACGCCACGAAGGCGGAACUGGAGGGCGCCAACAGGAGGAUAUCGGAGCUGCAACGGGAGUUUACCGACAAACAAAAGGAGUUUUCCGAGAAAUUAAAUAAAUAUCUCGAAGAUGAAAAAACAGCUAUGAGAAAAGAAAUGGAGCCGUGCUCGCAUUGUGAGAAACAUUUGAAACGUAUCCGGCUUCUGGACGAACAGCUCAGCAAAUGUACUAUACAGUUGGCCUCCCAUGAGAGCAACGUGGCCUUAAUGAAGGAACUGAAGAGCAAAGGAGAGUUCUUCCUCCAGUACAUCACGGAUCGCUUCAACAAGCUGCAGGAACAGCGCAGCGUGGGCACCAACACGGACGGACCCGCCCCGCCGCCCGCCGACCCCGCGCCCCUCGACCCCCGCCUGCACGACGACGACACUCUGGCUGCGAAGACCGCCCUCAUGAUGAAAGAGAAAGCUAUAAGGGAACAGAUCGCAGAGAAAUUCACAUUGGAAAUGAAAACCGUAGAGAUGAACUGCGCUCGUCGUAUCAAAGAAAUCGAAAACGAACAGCUCGAAACGAUCGCGAAACUCAAAGACCUGCUCGAGAGGAAAGCGCAGGAAGUCGAAAAAUUGAAAGAGUUCAUACUCACCGAGCGAACGAAGGUCACUCAGAUUCUCGAGGCGAAAGAAAACGAAAUAUCCGUGCUCAUAAAGGAACACAACGAGCUACAGAACGAAUGUCAGGACGUUAAGGACGCCCUCGUUGAGUGCAAGAGGAAAUCGGACAGGUACAAAGAGAAACUCUCCAAGCUGGGCUCUCUCGAGGACGUGCUCAAGAGCGAUCGUGAAAACAUCAAGCAGAGGAGUUGCACGGACGAGUGUCAAGCGAUGAGAACUAAGCUCACGGAGUUACAGCUGAAAUUGACGCACAUCGAACAUAAAUAUGAGGCAUUACAUUCGGAACAUUCGGCGGUUCAAGAGAAAUACAAAAACGCUAAAAAGACCAUAUUGACUUAUAAGGAUUAUGUGCAAAAGAAAGAUAUGCACAUAACUAACGAAAUGAAUAGAAUACAAGAGGAGUACCGGAAGAUAUUCUUUAAACUACAAAAUCAAAUCAACUGCCAGAUAAAGUGUAGGAUACAGGAGGAGAAGAACACAGAGAUGCAGCAGGACUCCCAACAAUCCAUAGAGUCGGAUUAUUCUGAUAGAAUAAACAACAUAAAUCAAGAGAUUUCACGGCUGGCCCAUUUUCAUAUGGACGAUGAAGCAACAACGAGUAGUAAGUGACAUUGCCACGAUGCCGAUACGGGUCCGACACCAGUCGUCAUACUCUGUACGUUGAAGGCAGAUUUACAAAACAACAAUUUCUCGAGCAUGCGAGAAUAUCGGGAAAUAAUAUUGUUGUUCGGUGUGAACAAACCUUAAGGAACGUCAUUUGUAAAGCUAAGCUUUACUAAUGCCAUUAUCGCUCGAUCAAUCAUUUCACUUGACAUAAUAACGUACGAUACUCAUAUUCGAAAAAGGUUCUUUCUGGUAGAAAUUAAUCUUAAAACAAUACAAUGCUAAUAAAAUAAGAAUAGUACUGACCUCCCACCAUAAUGAUUGUUAAUAAAGUGAAAAAACUUAAAAUUGGAAACCGAAUCACACAUAUCGACGCUUGAAAGGCAAACGUGACUAAGCUACAAUAACUGCUUAAUACAUAAAUGAUAGGCAAUAACCAUAUUCGAUGCACAAAAAAAAUAUAUUUCUAGGUCUGUUAAAAUCAUUUCAAUCCUACAGCUAGAUUCGUUAAAAUAGAUUUUUUUCAUGUAUUAAAACUUUUAAUUAGUCUACUGUAAAGUUCACGCAUUGUCGCUUAGUCACGUUUCCCUUUCAAGCGUCGAUAUAUUAUUUUUAAGCCGCAUUUAAAAGAGUAAGUUGAUGUAUUAGAGUGUAGUUUCCUUGAAACUAGAAGCCACCUGUAGUUCAGAUCUUAUUUUGAUUACACCAUACGAAGUCAUAAGGAAGUCAUCGUUACCAUACGGAAUCAGAAUGACACCAUCGUUUCACUGCAUUACUUGAAUUUUGCAGUUGGCUCAAAAUACGAUAAUAUAUUUAUGUGAUGUACUUAAAGGCUCAAACUGUCUUGUUAGUGUACUUAAGUGAUGUAAUAUAGUUUUAAAUUAGUGUUAUUAAAGGCUGGAAUUUUUGCCCCAAAAUUUAAUUAAUACAUGUGUUUUACCUUGGCUGUAUAUAUGAAAAGUACAGGAUAUUAUAGCACAAGUUUAUUGUGCAGUAUUUUUUUAUCACAAAAUGAGCACAUUUUUUUUAGAAAUCAUUCCAAAUGUUAUUAGAUUUAUAAACAAGUAAUUGUGAAGCACGAAACAUCCUGUGAUAGUUAUUAGAAGACAGAAGUAGAACAGUAUUAAACGACAAUAAGUUCAAAAAAUAAAGCAUUCCUUUAAAUUCAGUUUCAUAAUUAUUUUCAAACAUAUUUAUUUUCCAAUGUUUAGUAAUGUGUACAUUUUAGUAACCAAUGCGUGGUAAUACGAAUUGUUAAAAUUAUUUAAUAGGGUUUUUUUUUAUUCCAUUGGUUUAGAAGAUAGUUUUCAACAAUUCCAUCAUUAAGUUUAUCUAGAUUUAGUAAAGUUAUUUUACCUGUUACCUUCGUGAAGGCAUACAAUAAAUGUUGAAUUGCAA